GUUACCAUGUCUGGACGUGGGAAAGGUGGAAAGGGCCUAGGAAAAGGCGGGGCUAAGAGGCACCGGAAGGUCCUGCGGGAUAAUAUCCAGGGCAUUACCAAGCCUGCGAUCCGCCGUCUGGCUCGCCGCGGCGGGGUGAAGCGCAUCUCGGGGCUGAUCUACGAAGAGACCCGCGGGGUGCUGAAGGUUUUCCUGGAGAACGUGAUCCGCGAUCCGGUGACCUACACCGAGCACGCCAAGCGCAAGACGGUGACAGCCAUGGACGUGGUCUACGCCCUGAAACGCCAGGGGCGCACCCUGUACGGCUUUGGGGGCUGA